ACGACCACGACUGGAAUUUUUCUGUUUGGUAACCUCAUAUAAACUCGGAGCACCGAAACUUCAGUAGCGAUGAAACACUUUUUACAGUAUAUAUAAUAGUAAUUCAGUGACGUUAAUUUUUUGAAACCAUCGUUAAGCAUUAUUCCAAGAUUCUCUGCAAUACAUGCAUAAUUUCCCAGUGUGUGUGAAAAAAUAAACUAUUUCUCGUUCAGUUUUAGAGAGUAACGAAUCGCUACAAAUUCUGGACGGGCAAAACAAGAAGUACUCGAAAUUAGUGAUUUACGAAUCAGAAAUGCCAGUGAGGAUGGAAAAAAAAUCGUUGCCAAAGUAAUAUUGAUUUUGAAAUUUUUUCACUUAUCAAGCUGGAAGGAAUAGUUGGUACAAUCGGAAGCUAGUGUUAUACGUAAGGAGAAAAAAAAUAUUAUGGACGUCAGGGAGCGGAAAGAACGCAGGCGACGGAAAAAUAUUGAAGAAUCGUCCAAUUUUUUGAGUGCACUGUUUUUUGGAUGGACACGACAGAUUUUCUGGAAGGGAGCAAAGCAUGAUUUACAGACCACAGAUUUGUACGAUCCCUUGAAAUCCGAUGAAUCUGAACAACUUGGCAAUCGUCUCGAAAGAGAGUGGAUCAAGGAAUUGGCUAGAUCUGAGGCGAAGAGGACCCUGAAUAAAGAUGGCGAAAAGAAGCGAGCGAGGCAGCCGAGCCUUGGACGGGCGCUAACGCGAGUGAUCUGGCUGCCUUACAUGAUUCUAGGGCUGUUUAUUUUCUUCCGCUUCGCGUUUCUACACGUCGCGGGACCGAUUCUCCAGGGGUGGAUCAUCGAGUACUUCGAUGAGGUCGGAUGCGGCAUCUCACGAACCAAAGGUCUCAUUUACGCCGGACUUUUAGUUCUCGUGAUAUUCCUCGACAUCCUCAUCAUGCAUCACACUGAUCUCCGCACACAGCAAAUCGGGAUGCGCGUCAGGGUUGCCUGCUGUUCUCUGAUUUACAGAAAGGUUUUACGUCUUGAUCAAAAUGCGGCCCACAACACAGCAGCUGGCAAAGUUGCAAAUUUAAUAAGCAACGACGUGGCUCGAUUUGACAGCAUUUUUAUAUUCCUUCAUCAUUUUUGGAUCAUGCCAAUACAGCUGGCGAUAUCUGGAUACGUGAUGUGGCUAUCAAUUGGCGUCGCCACGUUUAUAGCAAUCGGAGCCACGAUGGCCCAGACGUUGCUUCUGCAAGGGUAUUUCAGCCAUGUCGGUGGAAAGUUGAGGGCUAAAAUCGCCAGGAAAACAGAUGAGAGGGUGCAACUGAUGACCGAAUUGAUUUCUGGAAUACAGGUGGUAAAAAUGUAUUCCUGGGAAAAACCAUUCAACAAAAUAGUAUCCAAAGUCAGAGAUUUGGAGCUGAAAGUUAUAAGCUACGCUUCGUAUUUGAAAGGAUUCAAUUUUAGCAUAAUAUUGCUGUCGGGAAAAAUCACCCUCUACUUCGCGUUGACAAGUUUUGUCCUCAUCGGAAAUACGAUCACAGCGGAAACGGCUUUCGUUAGCGUUGGUCUGAUAAACGCGCUGAGAAUAUCAUGCGCAGUUUACUUUCCCCUGGCGCUCAUCCUUGCCGGUGAAGCCGCUGUGUCCUUGGACAGAUUAACAGAGUUCUUACUUCUGGACGAAGUUAAAUGCGUGGAAAAAGCUCAACUUGCCUGCACCGAAAACGGGCCCGGUGAUGUGGAUAGAUUGGAAAUACUUGAACACGGAGUUGGAAUACGGAUGGACACGGUCGCGGCGAAUUGGAUUUUCGGCAACCUUCCUCCAACGCUGUCCGAGGUUUCUCUGGAAGUGAAAAACCGAUGUUCGUGCGCGCUUGUCGGACCGGUUGGAUCGGGCAAGUCGUCACUGCUGCAUCUGAUUCUGGGAGAGCUGACCGUUGGCGCUGGGAAGCUGUCGUUUUUCACGGGGAAAGAAAGUGAAGCCGAAAUAACCAGUCGGGAUAUUCGCGUCUCUUACGCCAGUCAAGACCCCUGGCUUUUCUCCGCUUCAAUACGCGACAACAUUCUGUUCGGUCUGCCGUAUGAGAAGAAGCGGUACCAAGAGGUGACCGAAGCCUGCGCCCUGCUCAAAGAUUUUGACCAACUGUCACAAGGGGAUCUGAGUCUUGUCGGCGAGAGGGGAGCUUCUUUGUCAGGAGGUCAGAGGGCUCGAGUGAACUUGGCAAGAGCCGUUUACAGGGACGCCGAUCUUUACUUACUCGACGAUCCUCUCAGCGCUGUGGAUUCUCGAGUUGGUCGUCACCUUUUCGAGAAGUGCAUCAAUGGUUUCCUAAAGUCGAAAACACGGAUCAUAGUUACUCAUCAGUUUCAAUAUCUCGAACAAGUCGACACUGUUAUUUUCGUUAAUCGCGGUACCGUUGAAUGCCAAGGAACGUUCCAGGAGUUGAGUGCCUCAAACUUCCGGAAUUUGAUUUUCGAGAAUUGUGAAACAUCCGACGAUGCCGAGUCCACGGAAAAAGUGGACGCAGACGCGACAGAAUUUGAGACAAAGGACGUAGUUCCAGGUAACGAUGAACAACAACUAAAACACACCGAGAGUAUGCAGGAAUUGGAAAACAUAGACGAUGAGGAAAUGGCAACGGGAUCAAUAUCAAGCGAAGUAUACCGGGGCUAUUUUUUUGCCGGUGGCAAUCUAUGCUCACUGGCGAUCGUCGUUCUGGCCUUCGUAGCCGGACAAGUGGCGGCCAGUGGAUGUGACUAUUGGAUGACGUAUUGGACCAACCAGGAAACUCUCAAAUCCACGUUGCAAUCUAACAAAUCCGUCGUCGGUGACAUGGAUUACAAUAAUUCCGUAUCGCAGUGGGUCGAUGAACGCGGAUUGCUGCGACAAAAUGUGGGAAUUUGGGUCUAUACCGCUUGCAUCGCCGGAUGCACCAUCACCGUCGUACUGAGCAACAUACUGUUCGUCAGGAUCAGCAUGAACGCAAGUCGCAAUAUACACAAUGCCAUGUUCUCGAACAUUUUGGAAGCAACAAUGAGGUUCUUCAACACUAAUCCAUCUGGUAGAAUCCUGAACCGAUUUUCAAAGGACGUAGGUGCAAUGGAUGAGAUGCUACCAAGGGCGUUAAUGGAGAUGUUUCAAAAAUUUACCAUCGCGACUGGAUCGCUGGUAAUGGUAUUCAUUGUCAACAACUGGAUGAUCAUUCCGACAGUCGUUGCAGGGGGUGUAUUCUAUUUCAUGACAAUUCUCUACAUCAAAACUGCGCAGAGUCUUCAGAGACUAGAGGGCAUCACGAAGAGCCCCGUUUUCUCGCACGUUAGUUCAACCCUUGAUGGACUGGUAACAAUACGGAGCAGUGGAUCCUCGGUCGAAGAAUUGUUGCGAAAAGAGUUCGACCGUCAUCAAGACACGCACACUACCGCUUGGUACAUGACUAUUGCCACAGCGACUGCCUUUGGUUUUGUGCUUGAUUUGAUGUCAUGGCUUUUUAUCGCUUGUGUUUGCUUCUCGUUGAUUUUAAUAAAUGAUGAAAACACCUCUGGAGGGUUUGCUGGACUUGCUAUCUCACAAUCAAUGAUCUUGAUUGGUAUAAUUCAAGAGGGCUUAAGGUACAUAACUAUCGUAAUUUCUCAGAUGACUUCGGUCGAACGACUGCUACAGUACACCAAUCUACCCAAAGAGGGACCAUUCGCUUUCGACAACUCUCCUCCAUCGGAUUGGCCUUCGAUGGGCUCUCUUGACUUCAAGGAUGUCUCUAUGACAUAUUCAAUCGACAAGCCUCCGGCAUUGAAGGGUCUGAACUUGAACAUUCGACCCGGCUGGAAAGUGGGAGUUGUGGGAAGAACCGGAGCUGGAAAAUCCUCGCUGAUUUCCGCGCUGUUUCGUUUGGUCGGAGACGGACUAGAUGGGGAAAUUUUUCUGGACGGAAUAAGCACCAAGACCAUUGGGUUGAACGACUUGCGGUCACGGAUCUCGAUCAUUCCCCAGGAGCCAAUUCUGUUUUCCGCGAGUCUGCGGUACAAUUUGGACCCGUUCGAACAGUAUUCGGACGCAGAGCUGUGGAACAGUAUUCGGGAAGUGGAACUUGGCGGCGUCAUAUCUUCCCUCGACUUUUCCGUCGCCGGAGGCGGAGCCAAUUUCAGCGUUGGACAACGCCAGCUGAUAUGCUUGGCCAGAGCCAUCCUCAGGAAUAAUCGGCUGCUCGUGCUCGACGAAGCUACUGCCAAUGUUGAUCCCAACACCGAUGCCUUGAUACAAAGAACCAUCAGACGAAGGUUCGUUGAUUGCACCGUGUUGACAGUGGCUCAUCGGUUGAACACGAUAAUGGACAGUGAUCGAGUUCUGGUCAUGGAUGGCGGCCGCAUCGUGGAGUUCGACCAUCCGCAUUUGCUGUUGAAGGAUCGCGAUGGUUACUUUUCGCAAAUGGUUCAACAAACUGGAAAAACGAUGGCGGAAGAACUGGCGAAGAUUUCUGAAAGUGCAUUUCCUGCAACUUCGGAAAUCGCAAGCGAUGUAACGAACGACGUAGCCUUACCUUCAGAUGAAAAAAUUUGAGACGACUCGGCGGGAAGUCUUUCUACAGAGUCAAUACAGAAUCUUCCCGAACAGUGACUUUGUGCCACCUGAUAACAAGGAUACCAAACUAUAUAUAGAUGUAUCGAUACGACCGUUCACGCUGAUUGGUUGGUCCGUCUGUGACGUAGCGCUAGACCCUAAAUCGGUGGUACAAACAAAAUAACGGCUAUAAUGUCAUUCAUUUUUACGGUUUCAUACCGUUUUAAUCGUAUUAAAUAUUGUUGGAGGCUAUUAUUUUCGGAAGCAAUAUCUUUCAAUGCUUUUAGGUUAAAUUAAACACGAUAAGAAGCCAUAUAUGUAUAUAUUACCGAGAUUUUUGAAAUUUGAACAUUUGAAAAUUACGUUUAUUGAUGUAUUCAUAUUCAUGUUCAUAUUUAUUAGUGGAUGCUUUUGUACUAGAGGUUUACAAUUAGUUUAUCACAUUUAUAAAACAGUAUUAUAUCUAAUUUUUAAUCUUAGAUUACCACAUCUCCUAGCACCUUCGCGGGUCGCAUAAGCCCUUACAGAGCUUGUUCGCGAUCUCGAUCCUUAUAGCUAGCUUAAAACUACGUAAACCCUAACAUAAAAGCCUUAUUUAUUAUAUUGUGGUCUUUUCUUUAUUUCAAUAAAAACGGAGAAUAUCUUUAUUAAUUUAUUAAAUAUUUGUCUGCAAAAAGUUUAUCAUGUAAUAUUUAUUUCAGCAUAUCAUGAUAUUAUGCAUUAGUGUAUG